AUGGUCGCAUUUAGCAAACUUGCAUCCGCUGCUUUAGCGGUAGGAGCUGCUUCGGCUCAUACUAUCUUCCAAGAACUCUGGGUCAACGGCGUUGCACAAGGACAUACCGUCGGUAUUAGGGUGCCAUCAUACGAUGGCCCUAUUAACGAUGUUACGUCUAACGAUAUUAUUUGUAACGGAGGUCCUAAUCCACUGAACAAGCCAUAUCCAUCCACAAUAAUUCAAGUGCCCUCGGGCGCUACUAUUGGUCUAGAAUGGCACCACACCCUAGCCGGGCGAGACGCUGGUGAUACUGCUGACCCGGUGGAUCCAGGCCAUAAAGGACCAAUCAUGGCCUACUUGGCCGCUGUUCCUAAUGCUCUCCAAGAGUCUGUUACUGGACUCAAGUGGUUUAAAGUCUAUGAAGAUGGUUGGGAUUCCGCCACUAACGUUUGGGCUGUCGAUAAGCUCUAUGCUGCCAAGGGUUUGGUGAGCUUCAAGCUUCCAGACUGUAUCCCUCCUGGAAACUAUUUCCUUCGAGGAGAGCUUCUCGCUCUUCAUGGUGCUGGUUCAAAUCUUGGCGCACAAUUCUAUAUGGAAUGCGCACAGAUCAAUAUUGUUGGUGGAGGCACUGCAAGCCCACCUACUGUCUCUUUCCCUGGUGCAUAUGCACAAAACGACCCAGGUGUUUUGGUCAACAUUUACUACCCACCUCUCCCUAGCUAUGUUAUCCCUGGCCCUCGACCAUUCACUUGCGGAGGAAGCAAUCCAACCACUGCGGCCACGACAACCGCUAAGACGACUCUUACAACCGUCACCACCACUAAAGCGGCUACUACCACCGUUGCUACAACAGCCAAGACAACCACCACAACAACUACCACCACAGCUAAAACAACCACCACCACCGCAUCUUCUGGAGGUGGAACAGCUACGGCUUGGUCGCAGUGCGGCGGUAGUGGCUGGACAGGAGCUACCGUUUGCGUUAGUGGCUACAAAUGUUCCGCUCAAAACGCUUACUAUUCUCAGUGCAUCCCUGCUUGA